ACCCUACCCUGCUUUAGGUGGGGGGCUUCACAACCCAAUACAACACACACACACUCACCACUAACCUAUUUCUACUAAACCACUUUCUGACCUUCCACCAAGGAUCAAAACUUUGCCUUUGCAUUAUGAAACUGAAAGACAACAACAUGGUGUCUAAUAAAGUGCUUGAACUCCACCACAUCAUAAUAUAAUGCACCCUUUCAACUGACUCAGACUAAGACCAACUCUAAAGACUUUGAGAUCACUCCUCUGAGAUCACUACUCUCACCUUUUAUCUGAAAAUUUGAGGGAGAUGUUGAAAUGAAAGCUGUUACAAAUGGCUUAUAUGAAUUUAAAAAGAAAAUAGAGAAACAAAGAACUUGAUAAUGUGAGAAAGACAUUUCUCUUAGGAGCUCAAAUCACUAAUGAGUAAAUACCAAAAACCAUCAAGAGAUUUAAUCCAUUUUUACUGCGUAUCUCUACCCAAAACUUGAAAACAUUGGAUUUAUGAGUCACAUUUUAUAAAGUUCUCACCUCAUCUAUCGUUAACUAAUGUGAGACUCCAAACUCACGCUUGAAUUCUAAUUCUCCCUCACCGCACCAAAACCAUAUUCUGUUCCAGUUUCUUCAAAGACAACUCCAUCUCACCAAACCUCAAUUAAGAAAAUCGUUGCUUCUUCACCUCAAUAAUGUCCUUCAUUUCUUUCUAUAUUUCUAUCUCUUUCUCCCCAAUCCUUUCACAAAGGCCUUCUGUUAUUCACUCUUUCUCUCUAGUCUCUACUAUGCAGCCUCUUAGCCGCAAGGCUCAUCUUUUCAAUUUUGAAACUUUUGCCACCAUGAUGAAAGCAAGAAAGAACAAUAAGCUCUCAAUUUCUGUGGUGGUCUUCUCCAUGUUCCUCAUUGGUGCCUUCAUGUACAACGAGGAUGUUAAGUCAAUUGCAGAGUUCACAUUCUCCAUGUCCAAACCUCAAGAAAUUCAAGAAGCCAAAUCAGAAACAGAGAAAGACAAGGCCACUGUCAUGGUUACAGAGAGUUCAUCAAGAACUCAGUUGAAGAAAAUUCAGGAGGAUGAUUCUGAGGAAACCCAGAAGCCAAUUGACAUGAAAUCCAUGGUGGCAGAGGAAAAAGAAGAAGAGGAGGAUUCUGAGCUUGUUGUGUUGCCUCCUGAAGAGUGUGACUUGUUUACAGGGAAAUGGGUUCUUGAUAAUGUGACACACCCUUUGUACAAAGAAGACCAAUGUGAGUUUCUCACUGCUCAAGUAACUUGCAUGAGGAAUGGAAGACCUGAUUCUCUGUAUCAGAAUUGGAAAUGGCAACCUAGAGAUUGUUCUUUACCCAAGUUUAAACCAAGGCUUCUGCUUGAGAAGCUUAGAGGGAAGAGGCUCAUGUUUGUUGGAGACUCAUUGAAUAGGAACCAGUGGGAAUCAAUGAUUUGUCUGACCCAAUCUGUUAUUCCUCAAGGAAGAAAGAGCUUGAACAAGAUUGGUUCUCUUUCUAUCUUCACAAUUGAGGAUUAUAAUGCUACAGUGGAAUUCUACUGGGCACCAUUCCUUGUAGAGUCAAAUUCAGAUGAUCCAACAAUGCACAGCAUAUUGAACCGUAUUAUCAUGCCUGAAUCAAUUGAAAAACAUAGUAUGAAUUGGAAGAAUGUGGACUAUCUGAUCUUUAACACCUACAUAUGGUGGAUGAACACUGGCACCAUGAAAGUCUUACGAGGGUCGUUUGAUGAAGGAUCCACUGAGUAUGAUGAAAUCCCUCGGCCAAUAGCAUAUGAGAGAGUCCUCAAGACUUGGUCAAAGUGGGUGGAUGACAACAUUGAUCCAAAUCGCACCAAAGUUUUCUUCUCUAGCAUGUCUCCUCUUCAUAUCAAGAGUGAAGCUUGGAACAAUCCAAAUGGCAUAAAAUGUGCCAAAGAAACAACACCAAUUCUCAACAUGUCUACGCCAUUAGAUGUGGGCACAGAUCGUCGCCUAUAUGUGAUUGCCAACAAUGUGACACACUCAAUGAAUGUCCCAGUGAACUUCCUCAACAUCACAAGCUUAUCAGAGUUAAGAAAAGAUGCACACACCUCUGUGUACACCAUUCGUCAAGGAAAGAUGUUAACUCCAGAGCAACAAGCUGAACCAGCUGUUUAUGCAGAUUGUAUCCAUUGGUGUUUACCUGGUUUGCCUGAUACAUGGAACGAGUUCCUUUACACACGUAUCAUCUCACAGUCUUGACCCACAAAAGCAGGGUUUUAAAUUGCGACGGCAACAUAACGGGUUUUGGAGUGUCUGCAUCGGAAUCAUGGCUGCAAUUGCGGCCGUAUAGACCCAUAUUUGUUCUCAAUUCCGCAACGCUCCCUAAUUUAAAUCCCUGCACAAGAAGUAUAUAUACCUUCACACACUUUUUUUUUCCUGCACAAUUGUGAUUAUUUCUCUUUUUACUUCAAAAAGUUUGUUUUUUCCUCUCCUUUUAUUACACCAGUACUCUCUGCUUUUAGUUUGUUAGUUUUGUCUAUGUAAGUUCUUGUAAUUUUUGUUUAGAUGUUUCUUUUUAGCUUUUCUAUUCCUAUAGGUUGAGAUCAAGUGCCUGGGCAAUUGGGCAAUGAUUUUCUUUGUUAAGCAAAUUUAGUUGUGGUUGGAAGCAAAGCAAGCACCUGAAUUGUACAAUGAAUCCUUCAAGAGAAAAUAAAGGAAUUACACAUUGUAUU